ACGAAUAAAUCAUCAUCAUCAAAUCAUGAAUUUUGAUAAUUUGCCCAUGGUUUCUUGAAAAGAAGAAGAUAUUCUUGACUGACAGUAAAAUUAUUUCUAACCCAGUAAAAAAUUAUAAAAAAUAAAAUUAUUACGUCAUGACAUCCCUGUUAUUAAAAACAAGACACUUGUGCAGAGUCAGCCCUUCUUUAAGAAUAUGCACGUCAGCUGUGCUUCAGGGAGAUGCUACCCUGAAAAGUGAUAUAACAUUGCUAAAUCCUGACGAGGUCGAGCAUAAGAAAAAGAUGCAAGGCUACAUAACAGUUGAAGGACCAACUGAUUGUUCGCUUAUAACUGGAGUUCCUGAAGAACAUAUUAAGGAGCGUCGGGUAAGGAUCUAUGAACCUCCCAAAAAUUGCAUGCAGAGCGGUACAAACAAUUUGGGGCAUUGGGAAAUGGAUUUCGACGCCAGAGAACGUUGGGAAAACCCAUUAAUGGGAUGGUCCUCCACAGGAGACCCUCUUUCAAAUAUGAAAGUCCAAUUUUCUACAAAAGAAGAGGCUGUUGAAUUCUGUGAGAGAAAUGGUUGGAAAUGGUACAUUCAAGAGAGCAAGCUGGAAAAACCGUUUAAGCCAAAGUCCUAUGGUAUUAACUUUUCUUGGAAUAAACGUACUCGCGUUUCGACCAAGUGAAUAGUCACUGUUUGAAUUAUAUCACAGGCAAAUAUCUAGGAUAAUGUAUUUCGAUGCUUAAAUAAAAAUAUGAAAUUUGUAUUUAUUUUAAAUUUUUAUGUAUAUAACCUAUCAAGAAGUUUCUGGAAAUGAUCUGAUCGUUAGGGCGAUUGUUUUCUUGGUAUCAAAUAGCAGCCUAUUAAAAAAACAAGAUUUGCUCCUUGAGGCCACUGCUCUGCGCUAUGCAGUCUACAAAACAGCUACUCUCCUGGGGAUCACUAUGGAACUCUCGCAAAAUGAAUGU